UCACGGACUGACGUGUUACCAACGUUGGCCGUCCGGAGCGCUUGCAAAUUGUCAUUUUCAUUUUUUGUAUUCGUGGAACAAAAUUUUCGCGACAACGCUGAAUUUGGCAUUAGGUAUUUAGGUGAGCUUGCCAUAAAGGAAUCACAGACGAAAGCGCAGACAUGGGCAUCGCUAGCAUUUUGCAGCUGGACGAAAUGAUGGGCGAUUUUAAUCGCAUGAACAAACGCCAGUCACUGUAUCAGGUUCUGAGCUUCGCCAUGAUUGUCUCGUCGGCGUUGAUGAUCUGGAAGGGCCUUAUGGUUGUGACGGGCAGUGAAUCGCCCAUUGUUGUUGUACUAAGUGGCAGCAUGGAACCGGCGUUCCACCGUGGCGAUCUACUGUUCCUCACAAACUACAAGGAGGAACCAGUUCGCGUGGGCGAGAUCGUUGUGUUCAAAGUGGAGGGUCGCGACAUUCCGAUUGUGCAUCGCGUGAUCAAAUUGCAUGAAAAGGAGGACGGCACCGUCAAGUUUCUGACCAAGGGUGAUAACAAUAAUGUGGACGAUCGGGGACUCUACGCGCCCGGCCAGCUGUGGCUGACCAAAAAGGACAUUGUGGGCCGUGCAAGAGGGUUUCUGCCCUACGUGGGCAUCAUAACAAUCUUUAUGAACGAGUAUCCAAAAGUGAAGUGGGCAAUACUCUCGAUACUGGCCAUCUUUGUGCUGCUGCAUAGAGAAUAGAAACAGUAUACUGCUAGGUACAAUUUUAAGUCGUGUGGCGCGCAUAGCGAUGCGGAGGAGGUGCACAAUCUCAAGCCUGUUUGCAUUUGAGUUUACCAGUCGAUAAAUUUCGUUCAUUGGAGACACACACAUACACAAUUAACAUACCCGAAGCAUUACAGCAUGUUUGGAGUGUUUGGAGCUGAAUUUCAAUAAAAACAAAAUAUAUUAAUUUUUAAAUAUGUAAA